GAGAGGUUCCCUGUUAAAAUGUUUGGCAAGACUAAUUGGACUACCUUCUCCCAGCUAGGAUCCAAUCUUAGAGCCAUGGGUGCAUAUCUAAGGAGUAUUGGUAAUCAUGCUCAACCUCAUACUGGUAAUACUGAUGAUUGUCAAGGAGCAUGCUCAGUCAUUAUGUUUGAGGAUACUUGUGAUGCUUGGAUCACCACUGCUAUGGGUGCAUGGAGCCAGGAUAUGUUCAUAUCAACAGUAUAUGGUACUCUAGGUCCUGAUGCUGUAGCACAGUCUAUUCAAGAGAGUUCUGCUACUACUAUCUUUUGUAAUAGGAAGAACGUUGGUAAGCUUAUCGCUAAGAAGGAUGAUAUGCCAACGUUGAAACAUAUCAUCUAUACCAAUUGGAAUAUAGAUCCUAAGGACUGCAAGGAGAAUCUUACAGGUUUUCAGGAUUCUGGAAUAUCUGUUAUUGAAUAUUAUGAUGCUCUUAAGAUUGGUAAUGGUAUUGUUGAUAAGUAUCCUAUGAAUAAGUGUAUAGAAGACUCAGUUGCUGUAGUUAUGUAUACUAGUGGUACUACUGGUAGACCUAAGGGUGUGGUCAUGCCUCAUAAAUCAAUACGUUUUACUAUUGCAACCGUUAUACCUCUAGUUAUUGACUACUUCCCCGACCAUUUUACUCAUCUGGCUUAUCUACCAUUAGCCCAUAUAUAUGAGCUCGCCGUUCAUGUUGGUGUGCUCUCUAUGGGAGGUCAUAUUGGUUAUGCUGAUCCUCAUACUAUUACUAGAGCUGGUGCCCGACCUACUGGUGCUUUGGAAGAGUUUAAACCUCAUCUUAUUAUGGGUGUACCUAAGAUCUUUGAGGUUAUUAUGAAGGGUGCUAAGGCAAAGUUUGCCAAUUUACCACAAUGGAAGAGGGAGAUCGCUGCAGCAGCACUUGAUUACAAAUACCAAGCCAUGACUAGUGGUCGUAGUACCCCAUUAUUCGAUCUAAUCCUAUUCAAUAAGAUUAAGGCAGCGUUUGGUGGCAACGUGUCAGUUGUCUUAUCAGGAGGUGGUGCCCUUUCAGCCGAAGUUCAGAGAUUCUGUCUAAGUGUAUUCUCAUGCCCUGUUAUCCAGGGUUAUGGGCUUACUGAGACCUGUGCUGGUGGAUGUAUAUCCCUUAUGGAAGAUACUAGGGGUUCUAACGUUGGACCACCGGAACCUGGUAUUGAGGUAAUGCUCCGUUCUUGUAUUGAUGAUGAUGGUGAACCUGAGGUCCUCGAUAAGGCUGGUCUACCUUAUCUUAGCAAGGAUAGUAUGGAUGCUGAAGGUUCCCCAUGCUUAGGUCGUGGUGAGGUUAUGAUUCGUGGACCUAGUGCCAGUAAGUGCUAUUAUAAGCUACCUGAACUAACAGUUAAGUCUUAUCUUCCUAAUGGAUGGUUUAAGACUGGUGAUGUUGGUGAAUGGUUACCUGAUGGAACUCUACGUAUCAUUGAUCGUGUUAAGAACCUAGUUAAACUGAAGGGUGGUGAGUAUAUUGCCUUAGAGAAUAUGGAAAGUAUCUAUGGUGGCUCGGAAUAUGUUAAUGCUCUUGCUGGUGGAGUUAUGGUAUUUGGUGAUUGUACUAUGGAUCGUCCUGUUGCCCUUGUUCAAGUUAAUAUUAAACGUCUUGAGAAGUGGGCUACCGAUAAUGGUAUCGAAUAUAAGGAUGCUGAUGAUUUAUUAUCUAACUCUGCAGCUAAUAAAGAGGUUCUCAGAGAUAUGACAGAUAUUCAUAAGAAGAGUAACCUAUCACCAUUAGAGAAGAUAGUUGCCGUUACUCUUAUGUGUGAUCCAUGGACUUCUGAUAAUAAGUGUAUGACUGCUACUCAAAAGAUCUCUCGUAGUGGUAUAUGCAAUCGUCAUACAGAGGUAUUGGAAGGGUUAAAGAAGUGUGGUCGUCGGUGAUAAUACUGCGGCGUGUAACCAGCAUUAUGCAAUAAUGAAUAAAGGGGGUCCAGCAGCAGCAGCAGCAGCUAUCUCUACUAUUGUUUGAAUUUUUGGCUCGAGAAUGAUGACCAUGUUGUUGAUGAUAUCGAUGUUGUUGUUAUGAUCUAUUUGACUUGAUGAUGAUGUUCAGUAAUCCUCAUGAGACUUAGUCGACGCAUUGACAAUAUCGUCUACCUCCGCUUCUUGCUUUACUACAACUGUAGCUGUUGUUUACCAUAACCAUAACUGUCACUUACCACCCUUUUCCAACAAGAGGUAUUCAUAAAAUACUACAAGAUUCCACCCUU